AUGAGCUCCUCAUCACUCUCUCUGACCACCAUCACUCGUCCUUAUGCGCCUUGUCCAGCUAACAAGAUGUGCGCGUCGACAACAACUUUGACUGCCACUACCUCGCGCGCAGGUCUGAUCUUAGUACCGUCUAGAUCAGCCUGGGUGCGAUCUGUAAUCGUCCAACGAAGAUAUGUCACUACUUCGAGCGAACCAAGCACGGUGAACAAUCCACCGUCCAAUUCAUCUACUGGACCUACAGCCUCCUCACCGAGCCCUGCAAAUAUCUCAGACGUGCGAUCAAGCCCCUACCGCCGGCAGAUCAGGCUCUCUAUCAUCCACGAUCCGAAGCCGUACUACCAGCAGCCCGGGGAGAGUCAGCUCCCACCACCUGCACACUAUCAGCCCCACGCGUCCCAGGAAAGCUGGAUACAGAAUGCAAGAGCUACGUGGCGGUUUGCGCUGAGGGAAUCGGAUGAACAGAUGGAGCGAGAUCGGAAUAGCCAGUCCACGUCGUCAAAGGAGAAUGAGAGGGAGAACGAGAACGAGAGCGAAGCCAAAGAGAAAGCAGCAAAGGAGAGAGCAGCAAUGGAAGAGGCUGAUGUGCGGACAAAACGGCUGGAGACGGAGCGCGCUGAGCUGAUGCGCAAAGCCCGAGCUAUGCAUGCCUCUGACAAUGCCGAUAUGGACCAGGAAGGGAACUGGACCACAAGCCCCCACAUGACCUGGGUCGAUUGGGCGAUCGUUAGCGGUAUCAUAUGGGGUGCGAUCAUAUGGAUGACAGGGAAGGACUUGCGGGACGAAGUGGAGAAGAAGAGGAAGAAGAAGGUCGACGAGGCGCUUGAGAAGGAACGAGGGAGAGAGACGAAGGGGGAGGAACAGGAGGUUUCGCAGGUGGAGGGUAGGAGGGAGAAGAGGGAACGGGAUGGGUGGGAAGGGACUGAGAGCGAGUGGACGACGGAUCGUUAA